AGGCACCAUGAUGCCCCAGAAGAAGAAGAGGAGAAAGAAGGACAUCGACUUUCUGGCACUGUACGAGGAGGAGCUGCUGCACUACGCCUCGGAGGACGACGAGGAGGAGCUGGAGCACGACUACUACAAGGCCAGGGGUGCGACCGGGCCCGGGCGGGCGGGGGCUGCCAGGGCCGGGCCCUCCCUGGGGGCCUCACCCCCUUCCCACUGAUGACCACCCCCCCACCCCGCCCCGGGAGUGAGCAGGGCGGGCGUGUGCUCGGGUCCCCAUGGCACAAAAGGCCAGGCACCCAGCCCUUCGGCACAGAGUCUGGGCAGGAUGGAAGGUGCUGGAAGUGCAGGCCUCCACCUUCUCCACCCCCUGAACAUCCCGGGAGCCUCCUACUCCAUUGUGUGUCCAGCACAGGCGGCAGCUGCAGCCCACCCCGGCCAGUGAGCAGGGGCCUGGGGCUUUUUGGGAAGAUAGGAGAGCACUUGGCCAUCUGGGCCCUGGGACUUUGCCCCAGUCUCUUCCUCUGGGAUUUGAAUGGCUCUGCCUUCUCGACUGGACCAGGCAGGGAACCAAUUUUGGCCCGAGGAGGUUUUUGGUUUCCUGAAAGUGUUGUGAAUAUUUCCUCUGUGAAUACCUACAGGUCUCGAACUUUGGUUUUGUUUUAUUUGUUUGUUUGUUUGAAAGGCAGAGUGAGGGAGGGAGGAGGAGGAGAGAGAGAUAUCUUCCACCUGCUAGUUCACUCCCUCAAAUACCUGCAACGGUCAGGGCUGGGCCAGGCUGAAGCUGGGAACCCAAACUACAUCCGGGUCUCCCACACGGGUUGCAGGGGCCCGAGUUCUUGGGUUGUCUUGUGUUGUUUUCCAAGGCACAUUAGCAGGGACUCGAACAGGCACCCUAGGGGAUGCCAGGGUCAUAAGCAGUGGCUUAACCAGCUAUGCCACAAAGCCAGCCCUGAAUUUACAGUUCACUCCCUAUCACCGUGCUGCCUGCCAGGCCCCCGAAGGCAUUUACAUUCUCUGCGCUUUCUCCAAAGUGGCUGCUUACAGGAGUGCAUCCCGUCACUCACUCACUCAUUCAGCAAAUGCUCUCUGAAUGCCCGCACUGUGCCUGUCUGUCACCCUCUUUCUUCCUUUUCUCAUCCCAGCACUGCCCGCACAGCUCUGCUCCUCCCUUUGUGAGUUCCUGCAUCAAGUUCAGUGCUUAGUCCAAGGCUGCAUGCAGCUUGGUGGUGGUGGUGGUGGGGGGUGGCCUCAUGGCCUCAGCCAAACUAAACUCCACGGGGGCCAGGCCCUGCUGUACUUGGCCUUAGUCCCUGCCACCCAGCCCCCAGCACAGACCUGGGCUCAGCUGUGGCCCCAGGAGGGCUGUGACUCAGGGAAGGGCCCUCGCACCAGGUACAGUGUCCUGGGCGUCUCCUGGGGUGGCAUUGGGGGCUGUGAUGGAGAAAGGGGGAUGGCACAAGGGAGGUGGGAGGUGGGGCUGCCUUCUCCCCCACACCUGCUCUAGCCUGUCGUGUGGGGGGAGGGGCAGGCACUCUCACUUCUGGAGUGAUUCUCCAGGUGAGAACCUGUCAGAACCUCUCACAGCUGGCGCCCCGCCCACUUCUGUUCUGGGGGACCAUGAGGGUCCCCCUCCUUUGUGCCUUCAUGAAGCCCUUUCCGUUUCCUUUUUGCAUCUGCUUCUCAGCGGCCCUGGGAACACUCAGGGUCACACGAUGAGUCCCAAUUCUCAGGUUAAGGGCUGAGGCUCCCACAUAAAAUGGCUUCAUAAGGUCCCAACCAGGAGUCAGGAAAUGAACUAGAAAAACCCUUCCCAAGCCAAGACCCCACCCCUCCCAUUUCAUCUCCUAGUGCUGCCCAAUAUUACAAUGCGCUGUGCCUCAGGCCCUACAUAGCAUUUUAUUCACAUUAACCACCUCCAUCCUCGCAGGAACCCGGAGAGGCAGGUCGGGUUGUAAUUAUCCUCUUGUUACAGGUGAGGAACCCAAGGCACAGAGAGGCUAAGGGACUUGCCCAAGGUCACACAGCUAGUGAGUAGCAGGGUGGGGGUGUGACUCUAGCACAGUAACAAUAGCCGGAGAAGAGCAAGCCCAUGUGGGCGCCCCUCUGACACAGAGGCACUGCACAGCGUGGGUGACCCAGUGAUGACCACAGCAGUCACCUGUCCAUUCUGGAGCAGCCGGUCUCCCACUCCCUUGAGCCCUGAGGGUAGCGUUUCAUGGAGCCUUGUGGGGGAGUGUGAUGGGGGAGAAGUGGGGACAAGGAGAAAGUCGCACCUCUGGCUGUGCUGCCCCGUUCGCCAGUGGCCAGGGGGAAGACAGCGGCUCCUCCAGGAGUCUUGUCUCCUGCCUGGGGCCCGUGAAGGAAAGACGGCACCUGAUGCUGCAGCCUGAGAACAGGAGGGACCUCAGACCCAGCCUGCGCGGGCUGCCAGCCCCUCUCACCUCCCAGCAGGGCCCACCCAGCAGCUCUUGGGAUGCAAUUUCCCAAGGCCGCCUCCUUGGGGAUCUUGUGAGAGGUGGUGAGUGCUGUGGCGAUGGUGGGCAUUGUGUUGAUGGUGAUGAUGACGAGGUGGGCACCACUCGUGGAAUGUGUAACUCUUUAUGCAGCUGUGGAAGAUCAUCUGCAAGAUCCCCCGGGGUGGAAAGGCAAGGUCAAUGCGUGUGCAGACCGAGGACCUUGUGUCUGACUCACUCCUUGCUUUGGUCCUUGGUGGCAGAAAUUACCUUUCUUUAGAGAUGAAGACAUAGAGGCUUAGUUGAAACCACAUAGGCUGUGGUGACAGAGUUGGGAUCCUGUGCACAUCCUGUGUCCACUUUCCAGUUUUACUGAGGUGUAAUUGAUUGACAAUAAAACACACCUAUUUUCAAAGUCCUGUUUGACGCAUGUUAGCGCCACGUCAUCACAGGUGGAUCAGUAUGGGUGCUGGGACAUCUGUGUUACAUGCGAGCAUCCAUGUCAUCCCCAAAGGGUCCCUGUGUCCCCUCCCUGGCGGUUUCCCUACUCCCAACCCCAGGCAGCCUCUCUACCACCUUCUAUUAAGAUAGAUUAAGUCUGCCUUUUCUAGAGUUUCACAAACAUGGCGUGUGGAGUAUGCAGUGGUUUGUGUCCGGCUGGGAGGUCCAUCUGUAAUGAAGGUGUCAGCAGCUCAUAGCUUUUUACUGCCGAGUACUCACACAAACUAAUAGCAUGCUGCCUUUUAUACAUCCAUUCACCUGCUGAUGGACAGUUGGACUAUUUCCAGCUUGGGUCUAUUUGGAAUACAGCCACUAUAAACACUGUGCUUCUAGGUCUUUGUGAGGACACAUUUCCACCUCUUCUGGGUCCAACACCUAAAAGUGGACUUUUCAGGCCUUCUGUUACGUGUACUUUUGUCUUUUUAAGAAGUUGUUGCCAUUAUGGAAAAUCAUGUGGUCGCUCUGUCUUCUCAUUGAUUUGUGUGAAUCCUUUGUAUUGUAGGGUCCUUUGUGAGAUACAUACAUCCCGAGUCUCAUCUCAUACUCAGUGGCCUUUUCAUUAUCUUGAUGGUCUUAAUUUUAAUGAAGCCCAAUUUAUCAGUGGCUUGAUGGCUAGCACCUACGUAGGAAGUGGCUGUGUACCCGGGAAUCAACAAUCGAGGUCAUUCCUAAUCCCUCUCCUGCACGCCAGACCCCUUCUCUCCACACCAAGCAUUCCCAGGCCUCUCUAUUGUCUCUCAUGCAAGAUCUGUGCUGACACCGUGCAGGGCCUGAGCUGGGCUUGUGCCCCUGUUCUCCACUCCCUAAUCUGUGAAAGGAAGGCCUGGUAUUAUGAAUGAGGUUGUUUUGAACUCAGAGGAGCCGGGCUGGGUCUGCCUCCUGACUCAAGGGCUUGUGGGGUGCAGCGGGGCUUCCAGGAGGAGGGAGCUCUGGGUUCUCAAAGCCCGUGUCAGAUUCCGGCUUUUCUUCUGAGCCUGCAGUGUUUUCUCCUUCCCCUCUCCAGUGUACGAGGUGGUCACAGCCACGGGGGACGUCCGAGGGGCGGGGACAGAUGCCAACGUCUUCAUCACGAUCUUUGGAGAGCACGGGCUCUCUCCCAAGCUCCAUCUCACCAGCAAGACCCUGCCUUCCACUCCCAGAUGGCUUCUCAGGAUCGUUUCCCCAACACAAAAGGAUUCCUGCUCCAAAAGCCCACGUCGUUGGUGUUACAACGUCUACAUCCUUUGGUGUACACUCUCUGCCCAGGCAGCAAAGCACAGGACAGGUCAGGGGACCUCCCCCAGGCCACGCCCUCCAGAAGCCAAGGUAGCGGUGCACCGCAGGUGCUCCCCUCCUCCCUUCUUGCUCUCCAGGACCAUUCCUGACAUGGGGGGGGGGGGGCGCUGCACAUUCAGCCAUGGCAAAAGGAUGGGGUCUCAUGUAUCUUGUGGAAUGCGGUUCUACUGUUGAAAAUCCACCGUCUGAGAGUGUCAGACUGCCCGGCAUUUUAGCCUGAUGGCUCUGCCUGUCGGCUGCUAAAAUGCCCCACACAGCCUAUAAGGGCUGUCCCAGGCGGGGAGCUCUACAUUGCAGUAGGCUUUGUCUGAGGACCCAGCAGGAGUCAGGUGAGGCCCCCGCUUCCAUAGGAAACAUGCAGAAAUCUGAAUUUCUUUGAUUGUUUAAAACUUGUAUUUAAGGAUGAUUUAUUCAAAGGGAGGGGAGGAGAGAGGGAGGGAAGAUGGGGUGAGGGGGUGGGAUCUUCCAUCCACCCACUGGUUUACUCCCCAAAUGCCUGCCUGCAACAAAGCCAGGAGCCCAGAACUCCAUGUUGGUCUCCCUUGUGGGUGGCAGGGACCCAAGCCACCACUGCUCCCUCCCAGGGUCUGCAACAGCAGGAGGCUGGAAUCAGAAGCAGAGCUAGGACUGGCCCCCAGGCACUCGAGUAAGGGGUGCAGGCAUCUCGAGCCACAUCUUAACCACUGCAGGAGGCAGUGGACCCAGAAGACCGAGUUUCUGAUACAUCCUUGGACCAGGGAUGCUCUGCCCUUUGCCAGUCCCGUUUUCUGAAACCCAGAGGCAUUGGGUGGGACUCACCAGAAGUGGGGGGUGCAGAAUCUGACCCCUGAAGUCCUUGGCCUUGGGGACUUCUUGGGGAUUAUUGCAGCCCCACACCCCGUGAGUGAGGCAGCCCCUGCCCCUCUGAAGAGAGAGACCGCUAGAAGGCCUUCCCUGCCUUCCAAGAAGCAUUCGGUCUCCAUCCGUGGACACAGCGGAAGCUUCCCACCUCCAUGUCCUGUGACCCCCGGAAGUGACUCCGUGUCCUGUGACCCCCGGAAGUACUCUCACUGUGGCUCUACGUCAGGUUCCGUUCAUGCCCGGUUGCUCUUCUCUGGCCUCCUCCCUUGCAUCUCACCCAUUUUCUUAUUCUGAGUGACUACAUAGCACCGUGCCCGAUUAUUUAGCAAACACACUGAAAUGUGUGUCCGCGUUGAGCCUGGCUACCUCCGGACGCAGCACCUGUUCUCCAGCUUUUGGUCUUGGAUGGGGGCUCCCCCCACCCAACUGCAGCCACAGAGCCACUGCGGGACUCCACACAGGGUCUGCCACUGGCCUUCACAGCACCCCUUGGCCUUGGCUUAGAGUGGGAUGCUUCUUCCCCUUCUCUCCCCUACAUGUCAGCGUUGGCUCUUCCCCCUACAACCCUUCCAAAGAGUCUGUCCCAGGCAGGCCCUGUUGAGUCGGAAACAUGGGAUUGCAGUUUUUAAAAAGAAACUUACAGAAAUAAUAUGUAUUCCUUUUGGAAAAUCAUUUAGAUAAGAACAAAUAAUCAUUUUUCCUAAGUCUUACUGUGCAGACUUGGCAUCUUUUUUUUUUUUUUAAUUUAUUUGACAGGCAGAGUUAGACAAUGAGGGAGAGAGACAGAAAGAAAGGUCUUCCUUCCAUUGGUUCACUCCCAAACAGCAGCCAUGCUGGAGCCACGCCGAUCUGAAGCCAGGAGCCCGGUGCCUCCUCCUGGUCUCCCAUGCGGGUGCAGGUGCCCAAACACCUGGGCCAUCCUCCACUGCCUUCCCAGGCCACAGCAGAGAGCUGGACUGGAAGAGAAGCAACCGGGACUAGAACCCGGUGCUCACAUGGGAUGCUGGCGCCGCAGGCAGAGGAUUAACCAAGUGAGCCACGGCGCUGGCCCCAACUUGGUAUCUUUGUAUAAAGCCUCCCACUCAUUGUUUUCAAGUGAAGAUGAUGUCUUGUUUUAACUUGCUUUUCUUUCAAAGAUUUUAUUUGUUUGAAAGGCAGUUUCAGAGAGAGAGAGAGAGAGAGAGAGAGAGAGAGAGAGAGAGAGAAUCUUCCAUCCAUUAGUUCACUCCCCAGAUGGUCACGAUGGCUGGGCUCAAGCCAGGCUGAAGCCAGGAACCUGGGACUAUAUCCAGGUCUUCCACGUGGGUGCAGGGCCCCAAGGACUUGGGCCAUCUGCUGCUGCUUUCCCAGUGCAUUCGCAGGGAGCUGGAUCAGAAGUGGAGCAGCUGGAACUUGAACCAGCGCUCAUCUGAGAUGCUGGCGUUCCGGGUGGUGGCUUAACCUGGCUGGCUGCUUGCUUUUUCUUUAAAGCCUGUGUAGUAACCUGCUUCUGUUUCAUUAACUGUCCUAUUAUAAUAGGAUUUUUAGUGGCUGCAAAAUAGUCUAUCAGGUUCUGCUGGUGACUGUUCCUCUGGGUUCUCAUCAAAUGGGGAAACACUCAUCUAUUUAUUUUAGAAGUCACUUGUCAUGUAUUGAAACAGAACAUGCCUCACGUUCAUUUCCCAUUCACAGCGAUGUGCAGCACUGAUGUGCACAUGCUUUCCCAGUUACUUCACAGCUGCCACAACUCAGAAGUGACAGCUUGGCGCGUUGUUAGUCUCCCCUGGAAAUGGCAUUCCCGCAGCAGCAAGACCCCGGGGCCCUGCUCUGCUUUCCUUCCCCCUUUGUGUGCUGGUUCUGGUGUCAGCGUCUCUAGGAAGGGGACACACUGCUGCUUCGUGGAGAAGUCUUCCACCAGGACUGGCCUAGCAGUGGAGCUGACACGUUGGGUGCUGGGCAUGGCCUCACUCGCCCUCUUCCUCUGAGGUUGGCACCACCGGAGCCUCAGGUACAUGCGGCAAGCCCAGAGCUGUCCUUUUCGUUCCAGAAAAACGCAGAAGAUUCUGCCACGGUCUCCCCUUUGUCCUCUGUGCCCACAAAGUACCAUUUUCUUUUUUAAAGAUUUACUGACUUCCCAUGUGGCUGAAAUGGCCAGGGCUAGGCCAGACCAAAGCCAGGAACUUCAUCUGGGUCUCCCACAUGGAUGGCAGGGGCCCAACUACUUGGGUCAACUUCUAUGUCUUCCCAGGCCCCUUAGCAGCGGCCUGGGUCAGAAGUGGAGCAGCUGGGACUCGAACUGGCACUCAGAUGGGAUGACGGCAUCCCAGGCUGUGGCUUGAGCCACUGUACCACAAUGCCUGCUCCCAGACUCAACUUUGGGGCCCCCCUUCCCCAUCAAAGUUCCUUAGUGUCCACUUUCUCCUGGUUGCAUGAGCUCUGUGUUCUGUUGGGAGGUCUAGGCCCUGCAUCUCCUGACGCCCCACCUGGGCAGACUCUUGAAGUGGGUGCAUCUGCAGAACCCCGGCUUGAGCCUUCUGUUACUGACUUUGGACCUCAUCUUGGUGGGGAAGGACCUGCACCUCCCAAUGGCAAUGAAUAAACAAAUGUCUUCUGUGAGCCUCUUUUCCCCCGGGCUGUGUGCUGGGCCCAAGGGUCCUGGCCAAGAGCACUGUGGGGAGGUGUAAGGUGCUAAGGGCUUGGCUCUGGGGAGGGAGGAGCUGCUAGCAGGUCUGGCUUGAAUGCCCACACAGAGGAUGGAGCCGAUGUCAGCGUGAGAUUCAGGCUUCCACUCUGCAGAGUUCUGUGGUAAGGCUGGGUCUAAGCAGGUUGAGUCGGUGAGUCUCGACUUGCCUGGUCACCACACUGCUGAACAUCUCGGGGGCACUUGCUUCUGUUCACACCAUCUGCAGGAUGCCAAUGUGCCUUCCCUCACCACCCCUGCUUCCCUGGUUGCUGCUUUGGGGCUGAGUGAUCCUUUCCUUGUUGGAAUGGCAGGACCCUGGACAGCCACCCAAGGACUGCAUCCACUUGGGGCUGCCAGGCCACUCUUGCUGGCAAGGUUGGGCAUGUGAGGGGGAGAGGCAAGGACGCCUGCAUGCCCAGGAGCACCCUAACAUUCAUCGCAUCCUGCUUCUUCCUCCAUUUCCCAGCCCAGAGCAACUGGGAGGCAGGCAGUCAAGAUUUGGAGAGUCAGGUCCUGGUCCCAGCUCUGUUACCAGCUAACAGUUUACCCAUCUGUCAGUGGGGCUGGUGUUCUUCAUAAUGUUUGCCUUAGUGACGCACAGCAAGGAUCAGUUGAGAACCUGGGAUGUCAGCAAGGAGUGGCACUCACUGUCCUUGCUUCUUCCCCUCCAAACCAAGUCUGAAAGGGAUCUCAGCACAGGAGUGGUUGGGUGUAACUCUUCCCGAGAGUGGGAUGAUGGAGGAAGAAGAGGAUGGCAACCCCUGGCUCUCCUCUCCCUGAGCCCCCGAGCCAAGCGCUGAUCUGCCCUAACUGUGCACGUGUCCCUGCAGGAGCGAGUCUGCCUUCGAGAAGGCCAACGUUGAUGUGUUCCGGGUGAGAACCAACAACGUGGGCCUCAUCUAUAAAAUCAGGAUCGAGCAUGACAACACGGGCUUGAACGCCAGCUGGUACCUGAACCACGUGAUUGUGACCGACAUGAAGCGGCCUCACCUCCGCUACUACUUCAACUGCAACAACUGGCUGAGCAAGGUGGAAGGCGACCGCCAGUGGUGCCGUGACCUGCUGGCCAGCUUCAACCCCAUGGACAUGCCCAGAGGUAACAAAUAUGAAGUCAAGGUGUACACUGGCGAUGUCAUAGGUGCGGGGACAGAUGCUGAUGUCUACAUCAAUAUCUUUGGAGAGUAUGGAGACACAGGGGAGCGUAGGCUGGAAAAUGAAAAGGACAACUUUGAAAAGGGAGCUGAAGACAAGUUCCUCCUGGAUGCCCCAGAUUUGGGGCAGCUGAUGAAGAUCAAUGUUGGCCACAACAACAAGGGGGGGUCUGCAGGUUGGUUCCUGUCCAAGAUUGUCAUCGAAGAUAUUGGGAACAAAAGGAAAUAUGACUUCCCCCUUAACCGCUGGCUAGCCUUGGAUGAAGAUGAUGGCAAAAUCCAAAGGGAUAUCUUAGUGGGCGGAGCAGAGACCACAGCGAUCACCUAUAUCGUCACCGUCUUCACCGGGGAUCUCCGAGGGGCAGGGACCAAAUCCAAGAUCUACCUGGUCAUGUACGGGGCCAGAGGGAACAAGAACAGCGGGAAGAUCUUCCUGGAGGGCGGGGUGUUUGACCGUGGCCGCACCGACAUCUUCCACAUCGAGCUGGCCGCCCUCCUCAGCCCCCUGAGCCGGGUCUCCAUCGGACACGGCAACGUGGGCGUCAACAGGGGCUGGUUCUGUGAGAAGGUGGUGAUUCUGUGCCCCUUCACUGGCAUCCAGCAGACCUUCCCUUGCAGCAACUGGCUGGACGAGAAGAAAGCUGAUGGGCUGAUCGAGAGGCAGCUCUACGAGAUGGUCUCACUCAGGAAAAAGCGGCUGAAAAAAUUCCCUUGGUCCCUGUGGGUCUGGACGACUGACCUGAAGAAAGCUGGGACCAACUCUCCCAUCUUCAUCCAGAUUUACGGGCAAAAGGGGCGGACAGACGAGAUUCUCCUGAACCCCAACAACAAGUGGUUCAAACCGGGCAUCAUCGAGAAGUUUAGGAUUGAGCUCCCAGAUCUUGGCAGAUUUUAUAAGAUUCGGGCAUGGCAUGACAGACGGAAUCCUGGUUCUGGAUGGCACCUAGAGAAGAUGACCCUGAUGAACACCCUGAACAAGCACAAGUACAACUUCAACUGCAACCGCUGGCUGGAUGCCAACGAGGAUGACAAUGAGAUUGUGAGGGAAAUGACUGCAGAGGGCCCCACAGUGCGAAGAAUAAUGGGCAUGGCCCGGUACCGGGUGACCGUAUGCACAGGGGAACUUGAAGGUGCGGGAACCGAUGCCAACGUCUACCUCUGCCUCUAUGGUGAUGUGGGGGACACAGGGGAGCGGCUGCUCUACAACUGCAGGAAUAACACCGACCUGUUCGAGAAGGGCAAUGCCGACGAGUUCACCAUUGAGUCUGUGACCAUGCGGAAGGUGAGGCGGGUGAGGAUCAGACACGAUGGCAAAGGCUCGGGCAGCGGCUGGUACCUGGACCGGGUGCUGGUGAGAGAGGAGGGGCAGCCCGAGAGUGACAACGUGGAGUUCCCCUGUCUCAGGUGGCUGGACAAGGAUAAGGACGAUGGGCAGCUGGUCCGAGAGCUGCUGCCCAGUGACAGCAACGCAACGCUGAAGAACUUCCGCUAUCACAUCAGCGUGAAGACAGGGGAUGUCUCUGGGGCCAGCACGGAUUCUAAAGUCUACAUCAAGCUCUACGGGGACAAAUCCGACACCAUCAAGCAGGUUCUUCUCGUCUCCGAUAACAACCUCAAAGACUAUUUCGAGCGUGGCCGGGUGGACGAGUUCACCCUGGAGACCCUGAACAUUGGAACUAUCAAUCGGCUGGUGAUUGGGCAUGACAGCGCAGGCAUGCACGCAGGCUGGUUCCUGGGCAGUGUUGAGAUCCGCGUGCCCCGCCAAGGCAAGCGCUACACCUUCCCUGCCAACCGCUGGCUGGACAAGAACCAGGCGGACGGGCGCCUGGAGGUGGAGCUGUACCCCAGCGAGGUCGUGGAGAUCCAGAAACUGAUUCACUAUGAGGUCGAGAUUUGGACGGGCGACGUGGGUGGCGCAGGCACCACUGCCCGGGUCUACAUGCAAAUCUACGGUGAAGAAGGCAAAACAGAAGUGCUCUUCCUCUCCAGCCGCUCCAAGGUUUUUGAUCGGGCAUCCAAGGACAUAUUCCAGCUGGAGGCGGCGGACGUGGGCGAGGUCUACAAGAUCCGGCUCGGGCACACGGGCGAGGGCUUCGGGCCCAGCUGGUUCGUGGACACGGUGUGGCUGCGGCACCUGGUGGUGCGGGAGGAGGAGCUCACACCCGAGGAGGAGUCCCGCAGGAAGAAGGAGAAGGCCAAGCUGCAGCAGCUGCUCAAGAAGGAGCGGCUCAAGGCCAAGCUGCAGAGGAAGAAGAAGAAGAAGAAGAAGGGCAGUGAUGAGGAGGACGAGGGGGAGGAGGGGGCCGAAGAGGAAGAGUCCUCGGAGGAGUCCUCGUCGGAAGAGGAGGAGGAGGAGGAGACCGAGGAGGAGGAGGAAGAGGAGGAGUUUGGGCCGGGGAUGCAGGAGGUGAUUGAGCAGUACAAGUUCGAAGCCAACCGCUGGCUGGCCCGGGGCAAGGAGGACAAUGAACUUGUCGUGGAGCUGGUGCCGACGGGCAGGCCAGGCCCUGAGCCCAACACCUAUGAGGUCCAGGUGAUCACAGGGAACGUGCCCAAGGCUGGCACUGACGCCAACGUCUACCUGACGAUCUACGGGGAGGAGUACGGGGACACAGGCGAGCGCCCCCUGAAGAAAUCGGACAAGUCCAACAAGUUUGAGCAGGGGCAGACAGACACCUUCACCAUCUACGCCAUUGACCUGGGAGCCCUGACCAAGAUCCGGAUUCGCCAUGACAACUCAGGCAAUAGACCCGGCUGGUUCCUGGACAGAGUAGACAUCACCGACAUGAACAACGAGACCACGUACUACUUUCCAUGCCAACGCUGGCUGGCGGUGGAGGAAGAUGAUGGGCAGCUGUCCAGGGAGCUGCUGCCAGUGGAUGAGUCCUAUGUGCUACCCAGCGAGGAUGAGGAGGGUGGGGGCGGUGACAGCAACCCCCUUGACAACCUGGCCUUGGAGCAGAAAGAUAAGUCUACCACAUUCUCAGUGACCGUAAAGACUGGGGACAAGAAGAACGCAGGCACAGACGCCAAUGUCUUCAUCACACUCUUCGGCACGCAAGAUGACACUGGAAUCACCCUCCUGAAGUCCUCCAAGACCAACAGCAACAAGUUCGAGAGAGACAGCAUUGAAAUCUUCACGGUAGAGACGCUGGAUCUGGGAGACCUGUGGAAGGUCAGGAUCGGCCAUGACAACACAGGCAAAGCUCCCGGCUGGUUUGUAGACUGGGUGGAGGUGGAUGCCCCAUCUCUUGGAAAGUGUAUGACAUUUCCCUGUGGCCGCUGGCUGGCCAAGAAUGAAGACGAUGGUGCCAUCGUCAGGGACCUCUUCCACGCGGAGCUUCAAACCAGGCUGUACACACCAUUUGUCCCCUAUGAGAUCACGCUGUACACCAGUGAUGUCUUUGCUGCCGGCACAGAUGCCAACAUCUUCAUCGUCAUCUAUGGCUGUGACGCUGUGUGCACCCAGCAGAAAUUCCUGUGCACCAACAAGAGGGAGCAGAAGCUGUUCUUUGAGAGGAAGUCCGCCUCCCGCUUCAUCGUGGAGUUAGAAGAUGUGGGAGAAAUCAUCGAGAAGAUUCGGAUUGGCCAUGAUAAUACGGGCAUGAAUCCUGGGUGGCACUGCUCCCACGUGGACAUCCGCCGGCUCCUCCCCGAUAAAGACGGUACAGAGACCUUGACUUUCCCGUGUGACCGAUGGCUUGCCACCUCCGAAGAUGACAAGAAGACCAUUCGCGAACUGGUCCCUUACGACAUCUUCACUGAGAAAUACAUGAAAGAUGGGUCCUUAAGGCAAGUCUACAAGGAAGUGGAGGAGCCUCUGGACAUUGUGCUAUACUCGGUGCAGAUCUUCACAGGGAACAUUCCCGGGGCAGGGACGGAUGCCAGGGUCUACAUCACCAUCUAUGGAGACCUGGGGGACACCGGGGAGCGCUACCUUGGCAAGUCAGAGAACCGCACCAACAAGUUCGAGAAAGGAACGGCCGAUACCUUCAUUAUCGAGGCCGCUGACCUGGGCGUCAUCUACAAGAUCAAGCUGCGCCACGACAACAGCAAGUGGUGUGCAGACUGGUAUGUGGAGAAGGUGGAGAUCUGGAACGACACCAAUGAGGACGAGUUCCUGUUCCUGUGCGGGCGUUGGCUGUCCCUGAAGAAGGAGGAUGGGCGACUCGAGAGGCUCUUCUAUGAGAAGGAGUACACUGGGGACCGCAGCAGCAACUGCAGCAGCCCUGCUGACUUCUGGGAAAUCGCCCUGAGCUCCAAGAUGGCUGACGUCGACAUUGAGACUGUGACAGGGCCCAUGGCUGACUACGUUCAGGAUGGCCCAGUUAUCCCUUAUUACGUGUCUGUCACCACUGGCAAGCACAAGGACGCGGCCACUGACAGCCGAGCCUUCAUCUUGCUCAUCGGGGAAGAUGACGAGCGUAGUAACCGCAUCUGGCUGGACUACCCCCGCGGGAAGAAGGGCUUCAGCUGUGGCUCCGUGGAAGAGUUCUACGUGGGAGGCUUGGAUGUGGGCGUCAUCAAGAAAAUAGAGCUGGGCCACGACGGGGCCUCCCCCGAGAGCUGCUGGCUGGUGGAGGAGCUCUGUUUGGCAGUGCCCACCCAGGGCACCAAGUACACCUUGCGCUGUAACUGCUGGCUCGCCAAGGACCGAGGCGACGGCGUCACCUCCCGUGUCUUCGACCUCCUGGAUGCCAUGGUGGUGAACAUCGGGGUGAAGGUGCUUUACGAAAUGACAGUGUGGACAGGUGACGUGGUUGGCGGGGGCACAGACUCCAACAUCUUUAUGACCCUCUAUGGCAUCAAUGGGAGCACAGAGGAGGUGCAGCUGGACAAAAAGAAAGCCAGGUUUGAGCGGGAACAGAACGACACCUUCCUCAUGGAGAUCCUGGACAUCGCCCCCUUCACCAAGAUGCGGAUCCGGAUCGACGGCCUGGGCAGCCGGCCCGAGUGGUUCCUGGAGAGGAUCCUACUGAAGAACAUGAACACGGGAGAUCUGACCAUGUUCUACUACGGAGACUGGCUGUCCCAGCGGAAGGGCAAGAAGACCCUGGUGUGCGAGAUGUGUGCAGUCAUCGAUGGGGAGGAGAUGAUGGAGUGGACCUCCUACACAGUCACAGUGAAGACCAGUGACAUCCUGGGAGCAGGCACUGAUGCCAACGUGUUCAUCAUCAUCUUCGGGGAGAACGGGGACAGCGGGACCCUGCCCCUGAAGCAGUCAGCCAACUGGAACAAGUUUGAGCGGAACAACACGGACACGUUCAGCUUCCCCGACAUGCUGAGCCUGGGUCACCUCUGCAAGCUGAGGGUGUGGCAUGACAACAAAGGGCUGUUUCCUGGCUGGCACUUGAGCUAUGUCGACGUGAAAGACAACUCUCGCGACGAGACCUUCCGCUUCCAGUGUGACUGCUGGCUCUCCAAGAGUGAGGGCGACAGGCAGACCGUCCGCGACUUUGCCUGUGCCAACAAUGAGAUCCGUGAAGAGCUGGAGGAGACCACCUAUGAGAUCGUCAUAGAAACGGGCAACGGAGGCGAAACCAGGGAGAACGUGUGGCUCAUCCUGGAGGGCAGGAAGAACCGGUCCAAAGAGUUCCUCGUGGAAAAUUCUUCCAGGCAGCGGGCCUUCAGGAAGGGGACCACAGACACGUUUGAAUUUGACAGCAUCUACUUGGGGGACAUCGCCUCCCUCUGUGUGGGCCACCUCGCCAGGGAGGACCGGUUCAUCCCCAAGCGAGAGCUGGUGUGGCAUGUCAAGACCAUCACCAUCACCGAGAUGGAGUAUGGCAAUGUGUACUUCUUUAACUGCGACAGCCUCAUCCCCCUCAAGAGGAAGAGGAAGUACUUCCGGGUGUUUGAGGUUACCAAGACUACAGAGAGCUUUGCCAGCAAGGUCCAGAGCCUGGUGCCGGUCAAGUACGAGGUCAUCGUGACAACGGGCUACGAGCCAGGGGCGGGCACUGACGCCAACGUCUUUGUGACCAUUUUUGGAGCCAACGGGGACACGGGCAAGCGGGAGCUGAAGCAGAAAAUGCGCAACCUCUUUGAGCGGGGCAGCACCGACCGCUUCUUCCUGGAGACGCUGGAGCUCGGGGAGCUGCGCAAGGUGCGUCUGGAACACGACGGCAGCGGCUACUACUCGGGCUGGCUGGUGGACAAGGUGGAAGUCACCAACACCAGCACCGGCGUGGCCACCAUCUUCAGCUGCGGCAGGUGGCUGGACAAGAACCGGGGGGACGGGCUCACCUGGAGAGACCUCUUCCCCUCUGUCUGAGGGGCUGGCCCCACUAAACCACCCCCUGGCUGUGACCUUCCGCAGCCUUUUGGGAGGCCUCCAGGAGCAGGGGCCACUGGGAACUUCAUGGUCCCUCAAAGGCCACUGUUCGUGGCUGGCUUUUUGUGGGGUUCUGCUCCCCACCCUCCUAGUCUUAGAGAUCUCCCAGGAAUCAUAAUCAGCUGUACAAAAUCGUUUUCCAGGGCCGGCGCUGUGGUGCAGCAGGUUAAAGCCCUGGCCUGCAGAGCCGGCAUCCCAUAUGGGCACCGGGUUCUAGUCCCAGCCGCUCCACUUCUGAUCCAGCUCUCUGCUAUGGCCUGGGAAAGCAGCAGAAGAUGGCCCAAGUGCUUGGGCCUCUGCACCCAUGUGAGAGACAUGGAAGAAGCUCCUGGUUCCUGGCUUCAGAUCGGUGCAGCUGCAGCUGUUGCAGCCAACUGGGGG